AUGACUACAAAACGGGGUGGAGGUUUAUUGAGAAUAAAUAAAGCUCAAGGUAGAGGAGGAGGCAAGGCGCUGAACCCUGGUGGUGGCCCAAAUGCAAACCAAAUUGGAGCAUUUAUGACUUCAUCGGUAGCAAUAGGAAGUCCGAUCCCUCAAGCAGAAAGACUUACGAAAAAAGGGGGGUCAAAGUCACCAAAACCACAUAACAAUAUUUCUUCUGAAGAGUUAAUAAAACGUACUGCGCGCGCUAACCGAUUUCGAGAUACUUUGGAUCCAGAUCAAUUACAAAGAGUAGGCCGUGUUCCAUUUCAUGGACAAAAUUCAAAAAUUAAAAAUGAAGGUCCACCGAUUAAUCCGGUUGAUGACUUUUUUGAAGUACUUUCGAUUUAUCAUCAAACGCAAAUGAUGAUAAAACAAGUUAAUGAUACUCUUCCACCAGUAAGAAAAAAAUUAGCUUGGGAUUUCUUCCACGAAAUGCCUCCUCCAAUUGCCCUUAGUUCGUUAUAUGAGAAAGGCGAAGCUGAUAAAGAAAUAGAGAAUGAGAAUAAUACAUUGGAAGCUAAGCCUAAGCCAAAAUCAUUGGAACUUUCACCCGCCCAAAACUUUUUAGAUGUUGAAAUGGAAGAUGUAGUACAGUUUAUUAAGUCACCAGUUACUUCUGGAUCAAUGGAUGUGGAUGAGACAUUUCCAUAUAUGCCACCUUUUGCUCAGAUACCAUCAUUGUCCAAUUCUCCGACAAUAAAUCAAAAGGAUCAAUCGAUUUUUGGUCAAAUUAUGGCAUCACCAUUUCAGCGCCGCUUGAGUGAUUUGACACGUAAAAAUUCUCUUGAACGAAUGAACUCUAUAAUUAUAAACAAAUCCUUUAUAGAGCAAAAUGAUACACUUGUAGGAUCACCUAUUGCUGAAGAGGAGUUUAAAGAAAUUGAAGAAACUGCAACUGAAACAAUAGGUGAGCCUGAUGUUACUAGUGAUACAGAUCCACCAAUAGUUGAUGAACAAGAAAAUGAACCAGAAUCGCCGGAUCUCCCUACGCCAAAAUUAGAUUUAUAUAGUUUAGUCCAUGGUCCACCUCAAUUAACCCAGACCCAACUAUUAAAAGAAGAUAAAAUUAAACAAAGACAAACACUAUAUAAAAAAACCAAAGCACUUCCAGAUCGUCUAACAUCCGAGAAAAAGCGAAGAAAAAACGGGUAUGACAAAUUAAUAAAUAAAAAUCGUAAUGUUCAGUGCGUACUUGCACGUAUUGACGAUCAAAAGGCCAAAGCAACAAAAAAGGCACAAGAAGAAGUCGAAUCACGGAGAAAAGUCAUUGAAGCGCACGAUGAAGACUACGAAUCCGCCAAAAAAGAAAUAAGACGUCGGGUUCAGAUUUUUGAACGUGUUACGAAGGAAUAUCUCGAGCGUGGCAAAAAAGAUCCUAAAUAUAAGUAUUCUAUGACUAAAAUUAAGGAAGAAGCUCUAACUGAGAUUGAAAAUACACCAUCAUUUCUUAGAUCAUAA